AAUGAAGGGAUCGCGCAUUAUAAUGAUACAUACGUAUUUCUUAAAGGUUAAAUAGUGGAAGAUAUUAUAAGCUUGUUUUAAUCUGUAAUGUCACAGAGUGAAUUAUAUAAGGUAAGCAAUAUUAUAUAUACAGAUAAAUAACUAUGACGCAGUUAACAUACAGUUCAAUAUUAUCCAGAGUAAUAAGACAAGUUUAUUGUAAUGGUAAAGGAAAGAAUAAAUUUAUGUCGACACAAGGCCCUAAAGUAGAAACCAAAAGUAAUCCUGAUCCUGUUCAAAGAUUAGGGCCUCACAUGUAUGCUCCUACCAAUCUAGACAAAAGGAUGUUAGUGUGGGUGAAACGAUAUCCAUCCAUGGCUGAAAUACCUUCUCAAGUGACACUUGAUUGUAUGUUGCAAGCACGAUCCAAAGUUAGAGUACGCAUAUGUAAUAUUAUGAUAGUAAUCACACUAAUAGGAUUUUUAAUUGCCGCUGUAAGCGGGAAAAAAGAAGUGGCAUCAGGGAAUACUCUUUUUAAAAUAGAUCAAGACUGGCAAAAGAAUUUACGAGAAGAACAUGCAGAAGCUACUAAUAAAAAUGGAAGUACUUAAAAUCUA